ACAAAUCAAUCAAUCUUGCAAAACAGACAGAACAAACCAAAAAUGGACAAAUUCUUCUUGGUUUCCUUUCUUGGUUUGUUGAUAGUGGCUCACAGAGUUGCAGGAAACCUGGUGGAUGACAACAUUGGCGUGCUUGAGGAACUCGAAAGCUGGGACAUAGAAGAAGAAAAUGAGGUGGAAGUUUCCCCUAUCCCUUCAUGGACAAGUGAACGUGGCAGCAAGGUUCUUGUGAAUGUGGAUAGCUUUGGUGCUGUUGGAGAUGGAGUUUCUGAUGAUACCCAGGCUUUCCUAAAAGCAUGGGUGGUUGCCUGCUCUACAGCAAAAUCAGUUCUUUUGGUGCCUCAAGGAAAACGUUAUCUAGUUAAUGCAACAAGAUUUAAAGGUCCAUGCUCAGACGAAUUGGUUAUCCAGAUUGCAGGAACUAUAGUGGCACCCGAUGAGCCAAAAAACUGGGAUCCAAAUUUUCCACGAGUAUGGCUUGAUUUUUCAAAACUGAACGGAGCCCUCUUCCAAGGAGGUGGAGUAAUUGACGGCUCUGGUAGCAAAUGGUGGGCAUCAUCUUGCAAGAAGAACAAAUCAAACCCUUGCAGAGGGGCACCAACAGCACUGACUAUAGAUACAAGCUCAGCUAUAAAGGUGAAAGGCCUCACUAUCAAGAACAGCCAACAGAUGAAUUUUGUUAUUUCCCGGUGUGAUUCUGUGCGAGUUUCCGGAGUGCUAGUCUCGGCUCCGGGAGACAGCCCCAACACCGACGGAAUUCAUAUUAGUGAAUCAACUAAUGUUGUUCUCCAAGAUUGCAAAAUUGGAACAGGAGAUGACUGCGUUUCAAUUGUCAAUGCUAGCUCCAAUAUCAAGAUGAAGAGAAUCUAUUGUGGACCCGGGCAUGGAAUUAGCAUUGGAAGCCUUGGGAAGGACAACUCCACUGGUAUGGUAACGAAGGUCGUCUUGGAUACAGCAAUCUUAACGGACACUACCAACGGCCUUAGGAUUAAGACUUGGCAGGGAGGUUCUGGAUAUGUUCGUGCAGUACGUUUCCAAAAUGUGAGGAUGGAAAAUGUAUCAAACCCCAUUAUUAUUGAUCAGUUCUACUGUGAUUCUCCAACCGUUUGUAAAAACCAGACGUCAGCAGUGAAUAUAAGCCAGAUAGUCUACAAGAACAUCAGUGGGACUACAAGGAGUGAAAAGGCCAUGAAAUUUGCUUGCAGUGACACAGUUCCCUGCAGCAAUAUAGUCCUAAGCAACAUCAACCUAGAGAAGAAGGAUGGCACAGUAGAGACCUACUGCAACUCUGCCACAGGCUCUGGCUAUGGAGUUGUGCAUCCUUCAGCUGACUGCCUAUCUUCCCAUGACAAAGAACUUAUCGUUACCAAUGCUGAAGUUGCAGAAACCAGCAGAGAGGAUAUUGUUCAUACUGAGCUCUAACUUGGCUCUCUAUAGGACUUAAAUAACGAAGAUAAUUAGAAAGAAAUAUAAAAAAUAUAAAAAUAACGAUGAUAGUAUAUAGUAAACCGGGUAAAAUGUGUUUAGCGUGCACCACUAUGGAUUUCUUAGAGGAAGUUUGAGGUGCCCAAGAUAAAUUUUAAGGUAAAUUCAAGAUAUUAUAAUUAUAUAAAAAAAAAACUGGAGUGAAACUAAUUCACAGAAAAUAGAAAGAAACAUUGUACUAUUGAGAAAAGAGAAAGAGAGAGAUUAUCAAUUUUAUGAAUAUUAAUUGAGUUAUA